CCCCAAACUGCCCACCACCCACCCACUGCCAGCCACUGCCAAUCCUGCCCACCACCCACCACCCACCACACAUUCCCGGUCAAUAAUCAAUCCGUACAUGAUCGUUCCCUCGAUCCCUCGAUCCCUCGAAACAAAGGAAAACCCCCAACAACAACUUCUGCCGCCACCAUCACCAACCACACUUCUAUAACAAACUCGACUCUCAGAAAUAGUCGACACUUACAACAACUACAAUUUAAUCGCCGUCAAAUAUCGACCCGGCGUAACCCAUUGGCAAGAAGGGUGGACCGGCUUACCACAUCGAGUCAUAGUGCCCGCAUUUCCCCCGGCCGGCUACGGAGACAAAGAGCCUUCAUCGAUACUAAGACCACACAUCUCCAGCGUCACCUCGACUUUCCUCACCCCACAACAAAAUAACCGCGAAGGCAACAGACUUCGAUCCCGCGCAAGACACAGAAACAACGCAAACACCUCGAUCCCCUCUGCGGACAAACACUCGACAAACGGAGAUCACCUCCGAUCAACCCCUCCAUCAUGGCGAGCAACCCAUAUCACGACGGCCAGCGGGGUCCAAACGUGGCCGAGUUCAUCGCGAACCUGAAUGCCAUCCCGUCGGCACAGGACCUGGCUGCGCAGCAGCAGCAGGACUUCAACUUCGAUGACGACCUGGCCAUGUUCACCAACGCCACCUUCUUCGACUUCGAUAUCGGACAGGACGCCGACCUCCAGCCCGCCGCGCUCGGGUUCGACGGCCAGCAGCGCGGCGGCGACGCGCAGCUGCAGAGCUCACAAGACAUGGCAAAGGCGAACAUGGACUUUCUACAGGGCGACUUCGCGUUCCCGGACUUCAGCUCCUUCUCGCAACAGCACCAGCACCCCAACGACGGCUACGCCGUGAACGGGGCCCAGCACGGCAACGGCCCGCAGCAGCACCAGCAGCUGUACCCAGCAUCGGGCGACUCCAGCUCGUCACCGCCCUCGGGCCUCACCAGCCCGCAAAACGGGGAGAAGCGCAAGGCCUCCGACGCCCUCCUCGACGGCAAUGGCGCCUACAGCGCGGGCUUUGAGGACUCGUCCCGCGUCGCGGCCGAGGAGGACAAGCGCAGGCGCAACACGGCUGCCAGCGCGCGCUUCCGCGUCAAGAAGAAGCAGCGUGAGCAGGCGCUCGAGAAGUCGGCGAGGGAGAUGAGCGAUAAGGUCGCCGCGCUUGAGGGGCGCAUUGGUCAGCUCGAGACGGAGAAUAAGUGGCUCAAGAACUUGGUCAUGGAGAAGAACGAUGAUAAGGAGGAUCUCGCGGCGUUGUGGAGGAAGUAUAGCCAGGAGACCGCCGACAGGAAAGGUGACACGCGCAGGAAGGGUGUCGGAACAUCGGAGUCGUCGGCUUAGGCUUGUUCGCGCCUGUGAAGCUACUCGACUGUCGAUUACAUAGGGGUUGUCUUCUUUUUGGGGGGCACCCCACACACGAUCGAAUCAAAGCAACAAACCACAUUUUCUCCGAGCCGAUAUUUUCGAGAACGACGAUGGGAUUCUAUCACUCGCCGUCCUUGCAUACUUCGGGUUUAUCUCAAAUCUUGUCUAUAUAGUGCUUUUGUUGUUGCUGCCAUGUUAUGAUCGUGGAUUUUUUUCCUUGGGAUCUAUUCGUCGAGUUUGGGAUUUUAGAACUUGUUUCUGGGGUGCCGGCUUGGUGGUGGAUGGGGGUAGGGGUCAGGUGUUGUCAUUUUUUUGGCGGGCCUGGCUUGGCUGGGGGAGGGAGGGCGGUGCAUGCAUGAGUGGAU